UAGGUGUUUAUAUUGACCAUAUGGAGCUUCGAACUGUUCGUGUUAAUGAAUAAAAUAUUUAUGAGGUGCAAGACGAUGAACUUCUCAUAUUUGAUAAAUGCAUACAUACAUUAAAUGUAUAUCCACAAAAAGAGGUGGGGCGGCUCGGCACGGGUCAACGCGCCCUGUUCAUGGGAAACGGCCUUACGGUCUUUACAUGAGAUAAACUCAAAAUAAUGGAAGGCACAUACUCAAGUCUUAAUCUUACCUAAGUUGAUCUGCUAUAGAACUAUACUAACUUAGCGACGGUUCACUUUCUCCAAAUUAUCGAGCUUACAAAAAACUAGCACUUCAUGAGAUCAGUCCUGCAAGUAAUGGCCGUUUGUAGACGGAGAAUAGCUACAACAACCAAGCUUAUAACGACAAACCCGAGAUAACAGAUAUUUGGACGUUCUAUUUUCGCUGCAAACAAAUCUAUAUCACACAGCGUCACCAUGUCUCGCUUCCUCAACCCGGCCAAAAUUGGCCUCCUUGCGUUGAUCGAAUUGUACACAAAAAAGACAGUCCCUACGGAUUCGAUCGUGGAUGUACUGUCCUUCAUAACUUCUCACUUGAUCGACAGCGAUGCUCAAACUUCGUUUUCCACUCCUAAGGGUCGGUGGAAACGAGCUGAAACUACUGUCAGCCUAGUCAUCUCUAUUGCAGACUUCGAAAAAGUAUUGGCACCACAUACCGCUGCCUCUGGCAUGCCAGGCCGGAGUCUAUGGUACGUCUUCCUAGACAGGCUUUGGAAGAUCGACUCGCUCGAUUCGUUACAUGAAUUUUUUGACCACUGUUCGGCUCUGUUGGCAAAAACCAGGGAUGAGCUGCGUCGUGAUGCUGAGUUGGGCAUUCCAGCGCCAGCUCCCGAAGCCAUCUUACUCACCCGUAACUCGCCGUUCGGUGCAUUCGUACGCAGAUCUCAGCUCGAAUUCACAAGAUUACGUUUCCAUGACGCAUUCGAGCUGUGGAAGGACUUUGUGAAAUAUCGCCAGGUUACGGCAACAUAUUACAGGAAAAAGACGCCAUCUUUCCAGAGGCUCAGUUUCGAUAAUGUCCUCUUAACCGGGGAGAGCGACUGGGGCUCGGGGGUCGAGGCUAUUGCCUCUGUGACUUACGGGGAUAUGCUUAGAGAUGAUCCAAAUUCGACCUUACCUGUCAGCACUGACGACAUCGAGAAACUCUUGGAGUUCCAGAUCGAGCAGAUGCAAAAAUACGGCAACAGAGUACCCUUAGAAAUACAACACCAGUUUCACGACCUAUUAAACGAUAGCUUUAUGAUACCAAGCCUAUCUCACUACCUAAGCUAUUUAGAUGCGUGGAGAGCGGGGGACUACUCUACCUCGUUUGAUUAUUUGCAUCAGUAUUUUGACUACACGAUGCAGAACAGGGACAGGUCCUUCUAUCAAUACGCGCUGAUGAAUCUAGCAGUACUCCAAGCCGACUUUGGGUGCUACAAGGAGGCAAUUUCAGCGAUGCUAGAAACUGUUUCUACUGCUAGGGAGAACCGAGAUAUGACCUGUCUGAAUUUCGCCCUUAACUGGCUUUUUCACUUUGGCAGAGCACAUCCCGGAAUAACAAAGGAGUUAGAGUCGAAUAGCAUGCUUGGCACUGGCAAGGAUUCCCUAGCUUUUCUUAGAAGCAGAGCAAAAGAGACAGGCAUGUGGACGUUGUGGAGUUCUACACUUAUGAGUGAGGCAAAGAUGAGUCUUUCGAAUGGCGAAAGCGUAGCUACGGCCAUUGAGCAUCUCGUCAGAAGCUCCCAAAUUCUAGUCGAACGCAAUAUGAAGAACAUGGUCGGUUCUCAACUAUCGAUCAAUAUAGCAUUAUGGGACAGAUUAGGAAUCGCCUAUCUGUCAGUAACUGCCUGCGAAAUAUUUAUUCGCUGUCAUGCUCGUAAUUCGAUAUUUGACGACGAGCUAAAGGUGAUGAGCCGCCAGGCUUCGAUACUUACCCUUAGGGGGAAGUACGACGAGGCGCUCGGAUUAUUAGAAGGUAUGGAUGCAAAUUCGCUGCGAGCUUGGAAGCCGAGUCAAUACUGGCACAAGUUCCGUGGUAUAAUAAAGUUGAGAAGAGAUCUUCAUCGAAAUAAUCUCGACGGGGCGGAACUGUUACUCUCCCAGCUUCUUCAGUCUAAGGAUGAUGAUCUAGAACCCGACCUUGCCUUUGUAAUUGACAGCCUUCAUAUCGAAUGCCUUGUUCGUAGAGGCAAUCUCGACCAAGCUUUUUCAAAAGUAGAGAAAAUGAUUACGGAGCUUCGAGACGAGAAUAAAGAUAUCGCACUGCGGGUUCGAUUACUCCUUAUCAAAGCUGAGCUUCUUGAUAAGUGUGGCCGGCCGCAGAAGGGCUUCACCAUUGCUGUACGGGCAGCAAACGUGGCCUGGCGAUCCCGUCUCAUCCCCUAUCUAUGGCCAGCGAUCGGGGCUAUUGCGAACAUAUUGACAUCGCUUGGAGAAUUCGAGCCGGCCAUCCAACUCCUAAAUGCAAUCCUACCGCGCAUUUUCGAGUGCGAGAAUGCGACGAUGACUGCAAAGCUCUACUCGUAUCUUGGCGAUGCUAAUAUGGGUAUGGCAGGCAAGAUGCCGCCAAAGUCUAUCAAGAGAAGAGAAUUCAUGACAAAGGCAUUGGAGGCGAUCGAAAAAGCGUUUAAUCAUUACUCGAGCGUUGAAGAUAUAGACAAACAGUGCGAGAUGAUGGCUAAGAAAGCUACGAUUAUGAAGGUCUCUGGGGAUAACGUGCUUGCGAACGAUUACGCGGCAGCAUACUUGGCGAUACGCAGAGACGCAGAGCGGAUGGCGAUAUGAAGGAAUGCAUAGGCUAGUUACUUUAUAAUGAUUACAUAUUAACGAUUUAUAUGGCUUUUAUGUUAACUAGCGGCUUUUCACUAUGUUAAACUGCCUAAGAAAUAGGGGGGAGAAGCCAGGAAAUACCAAUCCUGGAUGACUUACCCCUAGACGUAAUCACAACCAGCAAUCUCGUCCAACCGUAUUUUUUGUUCAUGUGUGUUCAACGCCGGGGAGUCAUGGCGUUUCUCGUGUUCCAACACCUGGAACAUAUCGGGAUCUCAGGCGUCCUUACCGUAUCGUCCGAGGUUCGGAUGCCGCGCUUACAGUACCCUGCUCUAAGCCCCUUUUCUCUGGCUUCCUCGCACAAGAGGGGUUUUCGUUGGCCGUGGCCGACUUCGUGGUUCCCGUGGACGCACCAUGCUAUUGUCCAGACUCGCUUGCACAUGUUGGGCGUGGGGGGAGACGGGUUGAUGGGUGAUGAUUUUGGGUUAACUAGGUACCUAACCUAGUUAGGCGAUAUGGGGGUUUGGUUUUGAUGGACCUGAUGAGGAGGAGGAGGAGGAGGAGGAUGCCGUGGGGAUUGCAACUUGCAAGAGGGGUAAGGGGUGAGGUAGGGGGUUUUAUACUUUUUUUUUCGGCGGUUUUUGC